AUGGCGCCUCAGAACAUGCCGGCACAGCAGGGGCCCGUUGGGCAAAUCGGGUUUCCGAUCCAGAACCUGGUGUUGGAUAACAUGAAUAUGGUCGUCGUCGUGUACCAUGACGUCCGAGUUCGCAUGGUCCGUGGGGAAGGGGUGCCCGUGCUGCUGGCUCAAGCAGAAGUUCUUAAUAUCCCGACGUUGGUGGAACUCCAACUAGCGGUCACACUCUUGUUGGGUAUGGUUGGGAGCCAAUUGCUAAAUAUAUGGAUAUCGAAGACGGCGCUCACAGAGAAUCUGAAGCCGGAAGACUUAUAUUGUCCACAAGACAUACUUUGUAUCGCGGACGAUUGCAAGGCGCAAGAAGAGGAUAAGGAGAUCCUUGAGAGAAAUGCGUUUUGUAAAGUGACAAAACAUGAGGGGUGCCAUUGCCGGAAUAUCAACUAUCCUCAUAUCACUCUAGUCAAACCCGACUACAUGGACGCGCAAUAUGAGUGGUUAGAGCAGCUCAUCAAACUCGCUGACAUGCUACCAUUCGAGCCCAAGUGCAAUGGCGCGCUGCAGGAAGCUGAAGUACUCAGGUUAAAUUGA